AUGAGGACGACACACUCUGGGAGUGGUGGACGCACCACACGCACUGCAGCUCAUGGUCAUGGAAAAGCCAGCAAGGACGACAGGGAUGCUGCGAUGCAUUUCUUAGCGAGACUUCUAGUGAGUUAUAUAAAUGCUAGAGGCAUAGGCGGCGAAAGUGGGCAGCAGGACGCUUACGACAAGUUUUGGGCAGAUAUGAAGACUGUGUACGAUGACUUUGUGACACAUAUGGACAAAACAGAUAGUGAUGACACACAUGCACUAAUGUGCGAACUUGCUGCGAUAAAACACGGGGAAGCAUCAAUAAAACCAGGAGAUCGCGUCCUAUGCGCGUUUAUGCUGGAAGCUCUGAAAUUUAAGCAUGAGUCCCAUAUCUUCAGCGGAGGACUAGGCGAAGGAACACAAGCACCUGCAACGGUCAAUACUGAACAUUUGUACAUGAGGUGUAUGAUAGUGAAUGUAUUUAUACAGAAUAUAUUAGGAGAGGAAUGUUGGGAAACAAAGGGCGCAGAAUAUGCAUAUGAAGCAGUAAAAGGUAUGUUAACCACCAGUACAAAUAUGAACGGGAAUAAUAUAUGUGACGGAGUCGAUUUCAAAGCAACAGAUGUGGCAGGUGGAAAUUUAGGAAAACAAAUGAGAGAGUGGUCGAAGCAACAGAAACUAGCCCCGGCUACAGGCCACGGUGUGGGGAUCUUGAACAGCAAGUGUAAGGGAUGGAAGCACGAGGGAACGGAUAAGAACGGCAAGGAGAAAGAAGACGUGGAAGUACAAGAAAUACAGGAGGAAGUAAAGGCAGGCAUAAGAAAUGUACAGAAAACUAUUCAGGAAAAUGAGCAAGAAAUAAAGAACAACGUAGUGCAAAAAAUCCAAAAGAUACUAUCCACAGAGAAGAGUAAUGCAGCAGGACCUUAUGCCGAUGUCGCGGCCACACCAACACAGGCACCGACAGGCCAGAAACCAAAGGCACAACCACCUACGGUACCAGCGGCACCAAAGGAACGACCGGCCCCAGGAGGCACAGGCGGGAAGGUACCGCCCGAAGUAUCAGUAGAAAAAAAAACAAGCGAAGAUCCGACGCCAGUUCAGAAGCAGCCUGAAAACGACCAAAAGGAAGGUAAGACACCUGGACCAUCAUGCGGACCUACUACACGCACUGACAAAAAGGCAGACAAGGACGGUAACAGUGUAACUGUGGAGAUUCACUUUAGUGGUUCCUCUUCCUCGUCUGAAUGUUCAGGUAAAGAUUCUACCGUAAGCACAAGUACACCGGAAAACCCGGUACCACCAGAACCAUCUGCACCCGCAGGUCCAGGCGCGGAUCCAGCAUUAACGGAGCCUGCCCCGACAACAGCAAUUGAGGAUUCAUCACCUACAAAAACAUCAGGCGCCGUAGGUGAAUCUACAGGCAACACUGUUCCUGAUGCACCUGACCCAUUAUUGUUCACUGAACCCGGGGCACCCGGUGAAAAUGGUGAACCAUCCUCUACCGCAAGAACGCAGAGCACUCCGUCGAGUCCUCCACCAGACGACUUCUCAUGGUUCGGCAAGACCCCAUGGGAACAGAGCACGCCCAGAUCAGCCACAUCAGGAACAGGAACAGGAACAGGAACAACAUCCUCAGGUGGUAACAAGGACGAGGCAACGCAUACUGGAGCAAGUUGCUCCUCCAACAGUACUGAUACUAAGUGCGACCUUAAACUAACAAUACCAUUUGAUGCAAAAGGCAGGGACAUAGGAGGACACUACGGAACAGGACCCACCCCAGGUCCAAACGGGGAACUUCCGAAGAAUGUGCACGAUGAUGGCCCCGUCUUCCCCGACCUAACCGACACCGUCCUUACCGCCACUACUCCCAUCCUGUUUUUCGUCACUUCCGUCACCGUCGCCCUUCUGGGUUAUUCCCUUUGGAAGCGCACGAUCAUCGACCUACAUCUAGAAGUGCUCAACGAAUGUGAAGCGGCCGCAUGGGACAGGGUGAAAGACGACUAUUGGAAGAUUGUCGUUGAAGAGUUUAUGGGGGGCAACCACGGACGUUGUGGUGCCCCGGUUUCUUCUUCGAACCAGGAAUCGACAGCCGGCCAUUCCACAACCGCCGCUUCGACAACCGCGGAUGAGCCGAUUGACUCCGGACCAUAUCAAUGUCCAGUUGAUGAAGAUGACCCAUGGCGUUGUAUGGAAAACAUACAGUUACACGAUGAACAACAUCGCCCCUACGACCCCGAGCACGCGACGUCGGACUGCAUCCAUUGGAUUAACUGGAUUGACCGCAACAAACAUACGCUGCGCGCGUGCACGACGCAACCACGGUUUUUGCAAUUAAAAGCGGAAUGGAAGCAAUACCUGCGUGAUCACAUGGUGGCAAACGAGGAUAACGGAGUAUCCUCGCAGCGUGCACUCGGUGCGCGUGGCAAUAUCCCAUCCGCAGACAUGACGAAACUGCGGUUAUGGAAACAAUGGGUUGCAAAGCAACAUGCGCAAAUGAGUGUACACAGCGACGAGCAGUGCUUCCAAUACCUAUUGAGGAACAUAGAAGAGGAAAACACAUUACACGGGCAACGGGUGCCCGGAGCUACCAAAGAAACCGUGCAAGCGGCCAUCAUAUCCGGACUAAACACGGAAGACACCCACUUGAUGCCACAAGUACCCCAUGACGAACAUAUACCAUCCACCAACGUGAAACAGCGCGAACAGCAGGACCUAUAUCCGGAUCUAUAUAGGACGAAAUCGUUAACCGCUAAAAUAUGGAUACUGCUCCUGGCAUUAGUCAUAGAACACUGCGAGCUGGAAUGUCGUUUGCAGGAUAGGGAGUUAUAUGUGGAUGAUCUAUUGGAGCAGCUCUGA